AUGCUAGGUCGAACAAGAAUCACUGCUGCAGUCCCCCGUGCAAAACCGGCAUCUCGUUCUAGACAACGCCCAGUAUUUCGAUUUGAACAUUUUUCAUCAUUCCGUCAACAGGUGUUCUUUACUACCUCGGUACGCACCAUGGCUCCUCCACAGUCGGCACACGAGUUCUUGGACUUUGUCAACGCCUCACCAACACCCUAUCAUGCCGUCGCCACGUCGGCCUCCUUGCUCGAAAAAGCCGGCUUUGAGUUGAUCAAGGAGCGGGAUAACUGGUCCCACUCCCUGCGUCCCGGCGGCAAGUACUACCUCACCCGCAAUGGCUCGAGCAUCGUCGCCUUCGCCAUAGGCGCCAAGUGGCGCCCGGGGAACCCCUUUGCGAUGGUCGGAGCCCACACCGACUCGCCAUGUCUCCGCAUCAAGCCCGUCAGCCGCAAGACCAACUCGGGCUUCCUGCAGGUCGGUGUCGAGACAUAUGGCGGUGGGCUCUGGCACACCUGGUUUGACCGCGACCUGAGUAUCGCCGGCCGCGCCCUCGUCAAAGACGGCGAGGGCCGCUUCGCCCAGCGCCUCGUCAAGGUCGACAGGCCCAUCCUCCGCAUUCCUACCCUUGCCAUCCACCUCAACCGUGCCUCCGAGUUCAACCCCAACAAGGAGACAGAGCUCUUCCCCAUCGCCGGCCUCGUCGCCGCCGAGCUGAACCGCACCGGCGCUGCAGCUGCCGGCAGUAAGGACGACGGUUCUGCCGAUUCCGCCAAGGACGGCGAUUACCAGCCUCUGAAGGCCAUGACGGAGCGCCACCACCCGUACAUUGUCGACAUAGUGGCGGAGCAUGUUGGCGUGGCCGCCGACGACGUCGUCGACUUUGAGCUCGUUCUGUACGACACCCAGAAAUCUUGCCUCGGCGGCCUCAACGACGAGUUCAUCUACUCUGCCCGCCUCGACAACCUCAACAUGACCUUCUGCAGCGUCAUGGGCCUGAUCGAGUCGGUCAAGUCACAGGACAGCCUCAGUUCGGACUCGUGCAUUCGCCUCAUCUCGUGCUUCGACCACGAGGAGAUUGGAUCCACGUCGAGCCAGGGUGCCGACUCGAACCUCCUCCCAGCCGUCAUCCGCCGCCUCUGCGCUGUCCCGGCCUCGCGCUUCUCCGAUGACGCCUCCAGCGACAAGUCGUACCACAAGGUCGAGGGGGAGGACGACUCGGCCACGGCGACAGCCUUUGAGCAGUCGCUCGCGACGUCGUUCCUCAUCUCGGCCGACAUGGCCCACUCGGUCCACCCAAACUAUGCUGCAAAGUACGAGAGCAACCACUCACCCGAGAUGAACAAGGGAACCGUCAUCAAGGUCAAUGCGAACCAGAGGUACGCCACCAACUCGCCCGGCAUCGUGCUGCUGCAGGAGUCGGCCAGGCUCGCUGCUGUCCCGCUGCAGCUCUUCGUGGUGAGAAACGACUCACCGUGCGGAAGUACCAUCGGCCCCAUGCUCUCGGCCAAGACGGGCAUCCGCACCCUCGACCUGGGCAACCCGCAACUGAGCAUGCACAGCAUCCGCGAGACCGGAGGCUCCUAUGACGUUGAGCACUCGAUUCGUCUGUUCGAGGCCUUCCUGAGCAACUACUCCAAGCUCGAGCCCAAGAUACUCGUAGAUUAG